AUGAAGCCACUGAAGUGGUUUUCUCCUUUUCAUGAGAAUGUUUUAGUGGCUGACUUGAAAGCAACACUGGCUGAACUGAAGGAGUCAAAUGAGCAAGGUGCUGAGAUUGGAGAAGCUGAGAGUACAAUCGCAGAGGUUGAAGCAGUUGUCAAGCCAACAGAAGAUUAG